AUUACACUGGAAGGGUGGGUGGAGAUCAUGUAUUAUGUGAUGGAUGCUCAUUCAUUCUACAACUUUAUCUACUUUAUCUUGCUGAUAAUCGUUGGUUCCUUUUUCAUGAUCAACCUAUGCCUCGUGGUCAUAGCCACACAGUUCUCUGAGACCAAGCAGCGGGAGCACCAGCUCAUGCAGGAGCAGCGAGCACGGUAUCUGUCCUCCAGCACUGUGGCCAGCUACAUGGAGCCAGGUGACUGCUAUGAGGAAAUCUUCCAGUACAUCUGCCACAUCGUGCGCAAAGCCAAACGCCGCACGCUCAGCCUCUACAACAACCUGCAGAACCGACGCCAGGGCCGGAUGGAGCCAGGCAACAUGAAGCCAGACAUGAAUGGGAAAGGACAGAGAUGCUACAGACACUGUCAGAAACACAACUCUCUUGACUACACUCCUCAGGCCCUUGUCCAGCCCAUUGCUGUGACACUGACUUCUGACCCCAACAACUGCCCAAGAUGCCACAGAGUACAGCGCGAAGCAGCCCGGAGGCUCUCCGUCCUUGACAGUGCUGACUCAGACCAGGAGAACGGAGGGGCCGGUGAAGAGGAGGGAGAAGGAAGCAGGGAAAGCAAUGGUGUCGCUGAGCUGGAGAAGGAGGAAGAGGAGGGGGAAGAGGGCAAACAGAUGAGGCUCUGUAGUGACAUGUGGCAGGAAGUCAGAGUCAAACUGAGAGGGAUUGUAGAGAGCAAGUAUUUCAACCGUGGGAUCAUGAUAGCGAUCCUGGUGAACACCAUCAGCAUGGGCAUUGAGCACCAUGAACAGCCAGAAGAGCUGACAAACAUUUUGGAGAUCAGCAAUGUUGUGUUCACCAGCAUGUUUGCCCUGGAGAUGAUUCUGAAACUCGCCGCCUUUGGGCUCUUCGAUUACCUCCGCAAUCCCUACAACAUCUUUGACAGCAUCAUUGUCAUCAUCAGCAUCUGGGAAAUCAUCGGUCAGUCAGAUGGGGGCCUAUCGGUGCUAAGAACUUUCCGUCUUUUGCGUGUGUUGAAGCUGGUGCGGUUCAUGCCUGCCCUACGGCGCCAGCUGGUGGUGCUGAUGAAGACCAUGGACAAUGUGGCCACCUUCUGCAUGCUUCUCAUGCUUUUCAUCUUCAUAUUCAGCAUCCUGGGAAUGCACAUCUUUGGGUGCAAGUUCAGCCUCAGGACGGACACUGGAGAUACAGUCCCUGACCGGAAGAAUUUUGACUCCCUGCUCUGGGCCAUAGUCACUGUGUUCCAGAUCUUAACCCAGGAGGACUGGAAUGUUGUGCUCUAUAACGGGAUGGCAUCUACCUCGCCUUGGGCAUCCCUUUACUUUGUAGCCCUCAUGACCUUUGGCAACUAUGUCCUUUUCAAUCUUCUGGUGGCUAUCCUGGUGGAGGGCUUCCAGGCUGAGGGUGAUGCCAACCGAUCAUACUCAGAUGAAGACCAGAGCUCAUCCAAUGCGGAGGAGCUUGACAGGUUUCAGGAUGUCCAGGAUGGCUCUGAUCCCAAGCUUUGUGCAAUUCCCGUGACACCAAAUGGACAUCUUGACCCCUCCCCGCCUUCUUCCAACCAGCCAGUGGUAUCUGCUGCUGUCACAAAUUCAUCCCGGAACUCUUUGCAGCCAGACCAAGUCCUCAUUGCUGUUGGGUCCAGGAAGAGCAGUGUGAUGUCACUGGGGAGAAUGACCUAUGACCAGAGGUCGCUGUCUAGCUCUCGCAGUUCUCACUAUGGUGCAUGGGGUCGCAGUGGGGCCUGGGGAAGCCGCCGCUCCAGCUGGAAUAGCCUGGCUCGGGGACACAGCCUAAAACACAAACCUCCAUCAGCAGAGCACGAAUCUCUGUUAUCUGGGGAAAGGCACAGGACAGCAGAUGGGGAACGAGCUGGGAUGGGAAGGACCCCUCACCACCGGCGAACACUUUCCCUGGACACCAAAGGCUCCUGUGAUCUGGUGGAGCUGGCAUCAGUCCCACCCAGUCACAGAGCAACCCGGAAGGUCGGUGUAACAUCGGGAACCACUGAACAUCAGGACUGCAAUGGCAAAAUGCCCAGUAUUGCUAAGGAGAUCUUCCCAAAGAUGAACAACCGCAAGGAGCGUGGAGAGGAAGAGGAGGAGAUAGACUACACCCUGUGUUUCCGCAUCCGGAAGAUGAUAGAGGUCUACAAGCCAGACUGGUGUGAGUUACGGGAGGAUUGGUCUAUCUACCUCUUUUCUCCCCAAAACAGGUUUCGCAUCCUCUGCCAAACAAUCAUUGCUCACAAGCUCUUUGACUACAUUGUUCUGGCCUUUAUCUUCCUCAACUGCAUCACCAUCGCUCUGGAGAGACCACAGAUUGAGCACAGGAGCACGGAGAGGAUCUUCCUCAGUGUGUCCAACUACAUUUUCACAGCAAUCUUUGUAGCUGAGAUGACGCUAAAGGUGGUCUCUCUAGGCCUCUAUUUUGGGGAUCAGGCCUAUCUCCGCAGCAGCUGGAACAUCCUGGAUGGCUUCUUGGUCUUUGUAUCCCUCAUUGACAUUGUGGUCUCAGUGGCCUCUGCUGGAGGAGCCAAAAUUCUGGGGGUGCUCCGGGUCCUCCGACUGCUGCGUACCUUACGCCCCCUCAGGGUAAUCAGCCGUGCCCCAGGCCUGAAGUUGGUGGUGGAGACACUCAUCUCCUCCCUCAAGCCUAUUGGGAACAUUGUCCUCAUUUGUUGUGCCUUCUUCAUCAUCUUUGGCAUCCUGGGUGUGCAGCUCUUCAAAGGGAAGUUCUACCACUGCCUAGGUGUUGACAUCCGUAACAUCACCAACAGGUCUGACUGUGUGGCUGCCAAUUACAAAUGGGUACACCACAAGUACAACUUCGACAACCUGGGGCAGGCUCUGAUGUCUCUCUUUGUUCUGGCCUCCAAAGAUGGUUGGGUCAAUAUUAUGUAUAAUGGACUAGAUGCUGUGGCUGUUGACCAGCAGCCAGUGACCAACAAUAACCCCUGGAUGCUCCUCUACUUCAUCUCUUUCCUCCUCAUUGUCAGCUUCUUUGUCCUCAACAUGUUUGUGGGGGUAGUGGUGGAGAACUUCCACAAAUGCCGGCAGCACCAGGAAGCCGAGGAAGCACGCCGGCGGGAAGAGAAGCGGCUGAGGCGCCUGGAGAAGAAGCGCAGGAAAGCGCAGCGUUUGCCAUACUAUGCCUCCUACUGCCCUGUCCGCCUCCUCAUCCAUUCAGUCUGCACCAGCCACUACUUGGACAUCUUCAUCACCUUCAUCAUCUGCCUCAACGUCGUCACCAUGUCCCUGGAGCACUACAACCAGCCUGUGUCUCUAGAGACAGCUUUGAAGUAUUGCAACUACAUGUUCACAACCGUCUUUGUGCUGGAGGCAGUUCUGAAGCUGGUGGCAUUUGGGCUGCGGCGAUUCUUCAAAGACAGGUGGAACCAGCUGGACCUGGCUAUUGUGUUGCUUUCUGUCAUGGGCAUCACACUGGAGGAGAUUGAGAUCAAUGCAGCUCUCCCCAUCAACCCUACUAUCAUCCGCAUCAUGAGGGUUCUGCGCAUUGCCCGGGUUCUGAAGCUUCUGAAGAUGGCCACAGGGAUGCGAGCAUUGCUGGACACAGUUGUGCAAGCUCUGCCCCAGGUGGGGAACCUUGGGCUGCUCUUCAUGCUCCUUUUUUUCAUCUAUGCUGCUCUGGGAGUGGAGCUCUUUGGAAAACUGGUAUGCAAUGAUGAGAACCCCUGUGAAGGCAUGAGCCGCCAUGCCACCUUUGAGAACUUUGGGAUGGCCUUCCUCACGCUCUUCCAGGUCUCCACUGGUGACAACUGGAAUGGAAUAAUGAAGGACACGCUGCGGGACUGCACCCAGGAUGAUCGGAGCUGCCUCAGCAACUUGCAGUUCAUCUCACCGCUCUACUUCGUUAGCUUUGUGCUCACUGCCCAGUUUGUUCUCAUUAAUGUGGUGGUCGCUGUGCUCAUGAAACACCUGGAUGACAGCAACAAAGAGGCACAGGAAGACGCCGAGAUGGAUGCUGAGAUUGAGCUAGAGAUGGCACAUGGGUUGUGCCCCCGCAGCUUGGGCUCACCGAGUUCAGGACAGGGAGGAAGUGGAGGAGGUGGUGGAGGAGGAGGUGGUGGGAGAGUGGACCCUGAAGGACGUCUUUGCAUGAGAUGUUACUCUCCAGCACAGGAGAACUUAUGGCUGGACAGUGUCUCUUUAAUUAUUAAGGACUCCUUCGACGGGGAGUUAAUGAUCAUCGAUAACCUAUCGGGCUCCGUCUUCCAUCAUUACUCCUCGCCGGCCAUGUGCGAGAAGUGUAACCAUGACAAGCAAGAGGUUCAGCUGGCCGAAAUGGAAGCCUUAUCCCUAAACUCAGACAAGUCCUCUUCUAUCUUCUUAGGGGAUGAUAUGGACAAUCGUAGCAUCCGUCAGUUGAGUCCUAAGGAGACUAAGAACGGCCAGGACAGUCCUGACUCUGUGGAGGGAGGAGGCUUGGGGGAAUGUUUCCUCCCCCUAUCAAAUACAGAUGCCUCACUGAAUCCAGAAAGUUACUUGUGUGAAAUGGAGAAAAUCCCUUUCAACCCAGUCCAGUCCUGGCUGAAGCAUGAGAGCCACCAAGUUCCCCCCAGCCCCUUCUCUCCAGGUACAUCCAGCCCUCUGUUACCUGUCCCAGCGGAGUUUUUCCAUCCAGCCCUCUCUGCUACACAGGCAGGACAGGAGAAGGUUUUGUGUCCAGGCAGCCUUCCUAAGAUCUCUCUGCAGGGAUCUUGGGCUUCACUGAGGUCUCCAAGUGUAAAUUGCUCCCUUCUCCAUCAGGCCACGGAGAGUGACACAUCCCUUGAUGACAGCAGGAGCAAUAGCUCAGAAGGCAGCUUACAGACCACCCUGGAGGACAGCCUGAACCUCAGCGAUUCACCCCAAUGCACGCUGGACCUCCCGGUGGCCCUGUGUCCAAUGCCAGCAGCUGCCACCCAAAGAACCAUGGUGGCUCCACUUUCCCCUGCCUCUCGGCGGCGGAGCCUGCGAACCCGCAGCAUCUUCAGCCUGAGGAACAUCAGGCGACAUCAGCGGAGCCACAGCAGCGGUGGGAGCACCAGCCCUGGGUGCACCCACCAUGAUUCUAUGGACCCUUCCGAUGAGGAGGGUGUGGGGAGCAGCCUCAGGGGUGGCGGCAACAACAGCGAGCAGUCAGAGACCCUCAGCAGCCUUUCACUGACUUCCCUCUUCUCCCCACCUCCACCACCCCCAGGUCUGGCGCUUGUGAAGAAAUGCAACAGCACCAGCAGCCUCAACACAUCCAGGGGCCCUGCCACAAAUGAAGCGAGGCAGUUCUACUCGGUCGACCCACGGGGAUUCCUUUCCAUGCCUUCCUGGGUGACAGACUUCUGCAAGGACCCCCCUUCAGCAGGCGAGGGUGAGGGCCCAGAUGGCCCCAGCAAACUGGGAACAGCAGAGCACAGCUCCCCACUCCCAUCAGAGCUAGAGCUGGGCAAUGGAGUCAGCAAAAGGAACAGAUGAGGAUUCCUGGAGCAGGAAGGGAUCGUGCAGUGUGGGCAAGGGAGAGCGUUGUGCUACCACUCCCCAGCAUCAAUUCCAAAGGAUUGCUGGGAAAAGAAAUGAGCGAACAACAUAUAUAAAUAUAUAUAUAUAUACACAAAAUAAACACUCCAGUACCGUACCUCAGAGGCACAAAGAGAGCGAAAGCAAUAUGGGAACAAUCCUGCCUGCGUACAGGAGUGGGAGCAGCAGCGCAGAGACCACAGCAAACAAGGCAGGCCGGCCAGACUCGGAGGGGGUUGGAACCUCCAAGCCAAGUGACUGCCAGGCAGCGGCGGUUAGCUAUAUACAUAUACAUAUAUAGAGAGAUCGAUUUAUUUAUUUUUUUUACUGAGAGAUUAUGACUUCCAGAAAGUGCUAAGAAGGAAAAACAGUGGGGACUCGGGGCUGUUCUUUUCCAAUGGGGGGGAGGGGGGCCAAAAAAAUUAGGUGCAAAACAGAAGCGGGGGUGGAAGGUUUAUUUUGGAGAAUUUCUUAUCGUUCAUGCUUCUGCUUUGAAAAUUCAAAAUGUGUGGGCCUGAUCUACAGUGGGUGGAAACUGCAGAGAAGCACCUUUGAGGUCUUCAGCUGGUGUAAAUCAGCAUCACUCUGGUUUUGAUGGCUUGAUACUGAUUCACGCUUAGUGAAGAUCUGGCCCAGACAGCAGGAAAAACCAAAUAGCUGUGGGGCAUUGGAAGCAAUAUGAGGUCACAAUGGAGUGCUUUGAUGAGAGAGUAUAAGCACACCAAGAAUGCUCAGGGGAGAGAGGCCAUGUGGGAUGCUUUUUUUUGUUGGUUUUGUUAUUUUAUUUCAUUCCAAAGAAAAAGAAAGCUGCUAAGAGACACGAUCUCUGCGAGGUUUGGGGCUUGGGGUGAGGUGGAGGGUGAAAUUUUUCCCCUUAGUUUUAUGUAAUUGUGAGGUUUUAUUUUAGAAGCCCAAAGGCGCAAAAACCAUCUAUAGAGAAACAUAUCUGUUAUUUUUAUAUAUAUAUCUAUCUAUAUAUAUUAAAAGAAGACAAAAAUUAGAUUUAAAAAAAAAAGCAAAUCAAAAUAAACCUCAGUCAGUUCCCAGGCUCUGAGCUGGAGUUUAUGAUUAGACUCUGCACCCAGUCCUGCUGGUAUAUGUCCUCACUGACUCCAUGGAAGUCACCAGUUCUGCUCUCACAACUGUGCAACUCCAAGGGGGACGUCACUGAAAUUAUUUUCAGUUGAUGCCAGUAUAUCUGUGUGGGAGGAAUCAAUCCGCUUUGGAAGUUGAAGGUGUGGAAAACCUAGCAGGGUCAGGCUCUGAGGGCAGAAAUUGGCUGUGUGUGUGCAUGUGUGUGCAUGGUGUGCAAUCUCAGGGCGAAUUGACUCUCUAGUGACACUUUUAGGGGAGAGUGUCUCUCACCUUAUCUGUGCUUUGCAAAGAAGCAUGGUGUGUAGGGGUUUGCUGAUUGAUGGCCAGAGUUGCGAGGGUAUGAGGGAAAGCUGUCCCCUCAUUCUGGAAGUUCUGCUUCAGGUUCAAGAUUAAAUGAGGGAGAUGUGAUUCUCUUUCAUCACUAGGGCAGCAAGGACUCCUGAGACUGUAUCCAUUUUCGGUUCAGUGGAUGGUCAGCCUUGGCUUCACCAUUCACUUUCUUUGCUUGUAUUUUCCUAGAGAGCAGACCUGGAAGUCCAGUCAUAAGUCCCUUUAUCCUUUCCAGGUUUAUGUAUAGGUAAGAGAUGGGACUAAGAUAUGAUCUGAUGAGCUUAAAGAAAUGGGGACACAAGCAACAGUCCACAGGGCUCCAAGAUAGGUUUUUCUGGGCAGAGAGGUGGAAUGAAAAGAGAGAGGGAGGUUCAGAGGACAUUGAUAGAGAUAGUCCGAGGAAGGAAGGAAAUGUCCACAGGUAUUCCCAUCUAAACAUUGUUUCUCCCAGAAGCAAAACGGUCUCUCUGGCCGGUGCAGCAAACCCCUCUUGGCUACACCUUUCCUGCUGGGCUGGGAAGCACUGUGCAGCCUGACCAUUCUCUACAGAUUUUCUGCUUUAUUUUUACCUGUCUGGUUCUUGAGAAACUGUUGCAUCCAAUAAGCUGGGAGCUGCAAACAGCACACAUGUCAAAUGGUACAACAAAAACAGCAUAAUUAACUUAAUGUACUUAAGUGAUUUGUUGGAAGGAAUGUGUGUUUUGUGGAGAAUGCAUGCAGGGAUAGCAAGCCUGUAAGGAGAGGACAGGACCACUGGAGUCCCCACCUCAGCAGGAAGGAUGCUAGUCCUGGUUAAUUAAAGCAAUAAUAAGGUUCUUAACUCUGUUUUUUUUCACUUUUUGGUCUUUUGGUAGGUUCUCCCUGACCAUUCUCUUAUUCAAGCAGGGGAGAGAAAUACUGCCUGGUUUUGCAUUAUGUUGGAAGAAAAGCAAUCAAUCCACAGUAGACAGAAGACUGCAAUUGGCCAUCUGAGGCCCAAACUGUGAUCCUGAUACACUUUGAAGCCAGAGGCAGGGCUUUACAAAAAAAAAAGAAAAAAAAGAGAGAGACAACCUGCACAUAGUGCAUCUUUAGUUAUUUCAAACGUGGCCUUAGGAGGAAUGGGAUAAGGAGCUGGGACUCUGAGCAUCCCUGAGAAUAGGAUAGAAGUCUAAGUAUAUUAGCUAAGCUAGGAAUGAGAGAGGGACUGGUGAUCAGAGCAAGGGCAGAAUCUACCCUGGUUUGUUGGGGACACCUGAAAAAGUUUCUCUGCUGGCCCUGGUAUUGUCCUCUGCAUCUACACAAGUGAGAGACAAGUUGUGUUCCAGGUUAACUUUAUCUGUGCAUUGCCUAUAAAGUCCCAGGGGCAGCCACUUUACAGGUGGUAUAAUGACCGGUGACUAGUCUCUGUUACCCAUUGAAUUGACAGAUAUUAUUGAUUUAUAGCUGAUAUCGAUUGAUUCAUUGGAGAAACACAGGUACUGUUCACAGUCAAACCUAGCCACCUGGCACCUCCUCCUAGUGUCUCAAGGGAUUGUGGUGAUAAAAAACAGAGAAUUGAGAGGACUUUUGCUUGUGAUGAAGUGGCUGACACCCAUGAAUGAUGUCCCUGGGAAGUUGGUCCCUGCUCUUUCCCCUAUGGAACAGUAAAAGCCACGAUGCUCUUCAGAUGCUCCUACUUUCAGCAGCAGGCCAGGCUGGGUUUUUUUCCCCAUAUGCAAAAAAGAUUCUUCUGCACCAUUUCAUGGUGGUGCCUCAUCUGUUUUGUUUUCAUAUGCGCACCUGCCUUCACUUAAAGCCACUUGUGUAUAUGUUUUAUAGCAUUUAAAUGUAUAGAUACAACUGAUGAGUUGAAACUUUUCUGAGAACUCCAUUGCACACAAUCUAGCAUGCUUGAUGGAUGGGGAAGCAGAUAUGACUGGCCUUCUCAUUGCUUCUAGGAGAGAGAGCCUAGAUAUCACAAGAGCCUAACCAGCAUAAGGGCUUGUAAGUAGCCCAUAAGUAAAUAAGGUUAAGACUGGGUUUUUCUCACACGAAGGGGUGUGGAGAUAGUGGUUGUUCCCCAGGAGAUCCUAGCAUUUCUUUCCCAACUCACAGGUGUCCCCUGACUUGCUCAGACAAAUAUAUCCCAAGUCAUGCCUGUUCUAUCAUUAUUAGGGUUCAGUUUUUCCUAAGGAGCAUGUUUAGAAACUGCUGAGGGACCAGACAGUUAAAAAGAGCAACUGCUAGAAGUAUGCAGAAGACGUGUUUCUUCACCCAUCCCUCCAUCAACCUCUCACGCUUUCUUUAUCCUGUUGAUGCUAGUGUGGUUGAUGGGCUUACACUCUCCCAGCACCAUACCUAGGCUCCUGGUUGCCCUGGGAGAACUUUCAGUAUCGGGCCCCUCUUCACCAGAGAUAAUGAUGAUGAUAAUAAUAAAAAUUACCAUUUUCAGGGCCCCUUUCUGUCUGGGUCCUGGGCAGCCACCCAGUUUACCCAUGCCUGUGUCUAGCCCUGCACUCUCCCUUCUAGUCACAGGUGUACUGCAACACAGGAGCAAUGAAUGACUUGGGGACAUGGGAACAUAGUCUUGAACUCUCCAAGGAUAAGGUAUAGUUGUAGGGGUGAAGGCUGCAACCUUCACCAAUGGCUCAUAUUCCACUUCUGAAGAACAGGAUCAAGUUGCCAUCGUCCUCUACACCGUCUGUUGUUUCCAAAUCAUUCUUUAGGUUCCUAUCUACCGUUGACCUCAGUCACUUGCUGAGGAUGGCUAUGCUGAUAGGGCAAAAACUCUCUCUCUGUUUGUUUGUUCGUACAGUGCCUAGUACAAAUGGGUCCUGGUCCAGGAUCGGGGCACUUGAGCACUAAAGUAAUACACACAACAAAUAAAAAAAAACAAUUGUGGUUGUGGACGGUGUUAUCAAGUUCCCUGCCAGCUAGACUCAGAUCAGAUGGGGAGAGUGACCCCCCUUCUCCCCGAGUAAAUACAUUGUCUGUUUUUCACUUGGAAGCAACUCAGAAGGAAAAAGUUCUUUGGUUUUCUAGUGGUCCAAGAUGUCCUCACAAGCUCCCUGUUUUCUCCUGAGUCAUGUGAUCUGCCCCCCCUGCCCCUUGCACCUUCUGCGUGAAUUGUCAUGGUCUCCAGGAAGAGAGGAGGAGCAAUUCCCUUCUCCCCACAAAAUGGUUUCCACCCUCUACUGUAUGACUCGAGCAAAAGGCUUCUGGCUUAGGAAACAGGUUACCAUGGAAACAGAAGACUAGGUUAUCUUUAGAGAAUAUUUUGUCUCUCUCUUUUAAUUAUUUACUAACAGUUUGAAGAAGAAACAUCAAUUCUUCCCAGAGAGAGAGAGAGGGUAGUUAAGGCAUUGUAGAAUUUGUCGUCUUUUUUUGUCUUCCUUUAAAACAGCUUGCCCUCCAUCUUUGCUCAGGCUGGUUGUGCUUUUCGAGGGAAUGCAUUUUGCAAGGCCCUCUGGGACAGAGGCAGUGGGGGAAGCAGCAGCCUCACCUCGGUGCUCAUAUAGGAAUUGCUGAGAUCUUAGAAGCGGGGGCUGGCGGGAGGAGGUCCCACAACACGCACUCCCCAGUCACAUAAAAGAGAAACCACAUGAGCCAGACGCAGAGCCGAAGACAGCUGUCACCACUGGCCAACAACUACCAAUGAGUGAUGUCAGGGAUACGUGUAUCAUUCUUUCCUAUACCUGGCGAGAAAACAACUGCAGUAAUUUAACUCAGAUACCACCCUGGGGUGACUAUCACUGAAGGCUAAUGGU